AUGAUGGAAAGAAUAAGAAAAGAGAUGAUCCUGAUGGAAAGAGGGCUGCACAGCCCGGCGGCGGCGGGGAAGAGGCUGGCCACCCUGUCCGACUCGGCCGGCAGCGCCGUGCUGGAAGCCUUGGAGAACUCGCCCCACGGCGGCCGCCUCAGCCCCAGGCUGGCUCCGGCCUCGCUCCACGGCGCCCUGGGGGACCUCCCCGGCAAAGGGAAAUUCGAGAUCGACGCCUUGUUCAACCUGCAGCACCCCAGCGGCGAGGGCGGCGUGGCGGGCGAGCUGCCUCCCGCCGAGAGCAGGAAGAAAAUCGGCCAUUACUCCGAAGUGGCUCCGGAGGCAGAGAUGAGCAGCGACGUGGAGGUGGGCUGCUCCGCGCUCCGCUCCCCCGGCGGCCUGACCUCCUCCCAGCUGAAGGAGAACAACAACAAAGGCUAUUCGGAGAACAGCUCCACGCCCAGCACCACCACCUCGUCCUCGGGUUCGAGCCUGGGCGGCCUCCACGGCGGAAGCGCGCUGGGGAACUCGGGCUCGGCGGCGGAUCAAGUGCGGAGGUACCGCACGGCCUUCACCCGCGAGCAGAUCGCCCGGCUGGAGAAGGAGUUCUACCGGGAAAACUACGUCUCUCGGCCCAGGCGGUGCGAGCUGGCGGCGGCGCUCAACCUGCCCGAGACCACCAUUAAGGUGUGGUUCCAAAACCGGCGCAUGAAGGACAAGCGGCAGAGGCUGGCCAUGUCGUGGCCCCACCCGGCGGACCCCAGCUUCUACACCUACAUGAUGACCCACGCGGCGGCCACGGGCAGCCUGCCCUACCCCUUCCAUUCCCACGUGCCUCUGCACUACUACCCCCACGUCGGGGUGACGGCGGCGGCGGCGGCGGCGGCGGCCAGCGGGGCGGCCGCCUCGCCUUUCGCCACCUCCAUCCGCCCUCUGGACACCUUCCGCGCCCUCUCGCACCCCUACUCCCGCCCGGAGCUGCUGUGCAGCUUCCGCCACCCGGGCCUCUACCAGUCCCCCGCCGCCGCCGCCGGCCUCAACAGCAGCGCCGCGGCCACCGCUGCAGCAGCUGCCGCCGCCGCCGCCGCUGCCGCCGCCUCCUCGGCGCCCCCCGCCGGCGCCGCCCCCUGCUCCUGCCUCAGCUGCCACAGCAGCCAGUCGGCGGCGGCGGCGGCGGCGGUGCUGGGCUCGCGCGCCCCCCCGGGCUCGGAUUUCCCCUGCGCGGCGGGAGGGGCCGGGGGGCCCCCGCCGCGCUCCGAGAGCGGCUUCCUGCCUUACUCGGCCGCCGUGCUCAGCAAGACGGCGGGGGGGUCCCCGGACCAGCGGGAGGAGGCGCCCUUGCCCAGAUAA